UUUAUUUUAGAAGUAACAUAACAACUUUCAUUAUAAGGAUUUUCUAGUGACUUCCUUUUUUUUUCGAUUGACAACGUUGAUCUUGACGACUUCCCACUUCCCACGUUUCCCUCAGCUUCCAUAACCGUUUGAAUUCGAAAGUUACCUAUACAUAUAUAUAUAUUUUCGAUGAAUGUUUAUUUUUCAUAGUGACAAGUUUAAUGUAUUAUAAAUAAAUAACAUGAGUUUCAGUGAUUUAAGUCAAAUUUCCGAUAUUCAUAGUAUAUCACGGAUAUCCCGUGUGAAUUGUAGUAGGUUAAUGGGUAGAGUAGAUUCGUUGCAAAAUUUAACAGACCAUUGUAACUUCAUCAAUAGUACAAAUAGGAGUACUAUAUGCCAGAAUCAAGGAUCUAAUCAUCUUCAGAAAGCCAUACAAAAUUUGGCUUUGUUGGAAGAAAGCAUAGGAAAUCAUGCAAAGAACAAACUAAUUUUAAAAUGUAUAAAAGAAGCAUCCAUGAAUACAAACAAAACAUUGUCUGAACAUACUGUUAGCAAAUUGAAAGGAUUACUUUUGAUUCAUGAGAUCAAUGAAUAUAUGCACUUGCCACCAACAUCUUUAAAUGUACAAGAAAAAUUAACAAUCUUAGGAAUUACUGAUGUACCAGAAUAUGAUCUCGACUAUGAAGAAAAAUUAAAUAUUAAAUGUUACGUAGAAGCAUUACUUAGGGAAAAGAUACAUGAUUUUGUUCUGAGUUACAAACAAUUGGGAGGAAAUAUGAAAGAAGUAAUGAGAUCAAAUGACUGUAAUAUGCGUAAAAAAUUGUUUCAACCUUAUGAAAUUGAAAUGUAUCAAUGUAAAGAUAAGAUUGAAGAAUUGUGUGAACAGUACAAAGCUGAUAUUACCAGAUGCAAGAGUUUACUGGACAGUUGGAGAAAUCUUAAAUAUAAAGAUCUCAAUCGUAUUUAUUUAGAGAAAGCAGAGUUUGUGUUGGUGGAAGCUGAAAUUGCAAAAGUUAAAGCACAAAUCACAAAAUUGUCUUGCAUUAAGAAUAUGUUCAUGGAGACUCCAAUGACCAUUGAAGCCUACAAAACAUUAAACUCGAUUCUAGAUGAAAAAUUGUUUGCCACAAUGAAUGAAAUCAAACAAAAGGAAAAUCUGAAGAAACAGUACGAUAAUUUGCAAAGUGCAGAAUAUAGUAGUAUCUUGAAAACUUACUUACAAUUUUGCAAAGCUAUUCAGAAAAAAAGACAGAUUUUAGAGAAACUAUGAAGUAGUCGUAAUGUAAAAAUAGUAAGGAUUUUCAAAUAUUUAUGCAUAGAUUUAUAUUUUUUACUAAGCCAGAUACAAAUAUUUACAAUGUCCUUUGAUACUUUGUUCGAUUAUAUAAAUUAAUUUCUUAUUAGGAACGAAAUGAUAUUAUUUUGAAGUACAUUAUUAUAUAUUACUGUUAUUGAAUGAUGAUAGAAGAAGUAUGAUGAUUGACAUUAUUAUUGAUCCAUAUAAUGAAUUAAUACAGGAUGUACUAGAAAGAUAAUAUUAAAAAUUAUUAAAAAAAGUU